AUGACGAGCGAUCAAGUUAACGGAUCAGCAACGCCCCGAGAUGCAGCGAGGAAACGGGCUUCUGAGUUAUCACUCAAGGAACAGGUGGCCUUGCUAGCGGGUGCAGACUUCUGGAGAACCGUAGCGUUACCCGAACGCGGUAUACCAUCCAUAAAAACUACCGACGGUCCGAACGGCGCCAGAGGAGAACUCUUCAAAGAGGGCACACCCGCAGCUCUCUUCCCGUGUGGAGUCUCCCUAGCUGCGACAUGGAACACCGAUCUUAUCGAGAAGGUCGGCCAGCAUCUCGGCGAUGAGGCGAAAGCCCGCGGCGCCGACGUCUUGUUAGCCCCAACCGUGUGCAUGCACCGGUCUCCACUUGGCGGGAGGAACUUCGAGUCCUUCUCGGAGGACCCGUACCUGUCUGGCAAGCUGGCAGCGGCGUACAUCCGGGGCGUUCAAAGCAAAGGCGUUGCGGCGACCAUCAAGCACUUCAUUGCUAACGAGCAAGAAACGAACCGUAACACCUCAAACUCAGUCGUUGCGGAAAGGCCCCUGCGUGAAAUCUAUUUGAAGCCAUUUGAGAUCGCUAUCAGAGAGUGCUCACCAUGGGCGCUGAUGAGCUCGUACAACUUGGUUAAUGGCACACAUGCGGAUAUGAACUACCACACUCUCAAGGAUAUCCUACGCGGUGAAUGGAAAUGGGACGGCAUGGUGAUGUCCGACUGGUUCGGCACCAACUCAGCCGCCCAAAGCAUCGCCGCUGGCUGCGACCUCGAGAUGCCAGGUCCGACCACAUGGCGAGACGAGAAAGCCAUUAAGGCAGUUGAAGACGGAGAUCUCUCAUCAGAAGACGUCGAGAGAGCAGCAGGCAACGUGCUUCACCUGAUAGAAAGGACCCGAGGCUUUGAUGGUCCCGCUGAACAACCAGAGCGCUCAAACGACAACGCUGAAACGAGGCAAUUAAUCCGCGAAGCUGGCGUCGAAGGCAUCACGCUGCUCAAGAACGAGGGCAAUGUCCUUCCGAUUAAGGAUGCGAAAAAGAUCGCAGUCAUUGGACCAAACGCGAAGCGCGCAAUCAAUGGAGGCGGAGGCAGUGCCAGUCUGAACCCGUACUACACGACAACGCCAUUCGACGGAAUCAGUAAGUCUACUGAAGCCGAACUUGUCUACUCGCAAGGUUGCGACAGUCUUAAGUGGCUACCGCUUGCAUCUGAGCACUGCCAGACUCCUUCAGGCGAGCCGGGCGUUACUCUCGAAUACUUCAAGGGAGAUAAGUUUGAGGGUGAGCCGGUAGUGCGGCACAACAAGUCUACCGAUCUAUUUCUUCCCGAUACAAUUCCUAAAGAAGUACUGCCCGAGUACUCUUUCAGGGCAAAGACAAGGGUUCUUCCAAAGACGACUGGUUCGCACUCGCUCGCAUUCUCGAGCGUGGGCCCUGGACGAGUCUUUCUUGAUGGACAUCUGCUGAUCGACGCCUGGAACUGGACGGAAGCGGGUGAUAGCAUUUUUAGCAGUUCGGAAACAGUGACCAAAACGGUGCAGAUGGAAGCAGGCAAGCCGGUUGACCUUCUCAUCGAGAGCACCAACGAGGUCCGACCAGUGUCGAAGCUUUCUGCCGGAGGCCCCACGCAUUUUUUUGGCGGAUGCCGUCUCGGAUACCAGGAGGAGAUAAAGGUCGACUUGCUACAGGAAGCCAUCGACGCUGCAAAGCAGGCCGACGUGGCGGUCGUCGUCGUCGGUAUUGAUGACGAGUGGGAAUCGGAAGGCUAUGACCGUCGGUAUAUGGAUUUGCCGAAGGACGGCAACCAAGACCGGCUCAUUACAGAGGUUCUGAAAGCCAACCCUCGGACAAUCGUCGUCAAUCAAUCCGGUAGCCCCGUCACCAUGCCGUGGGCCGACGACGUUCCUGCAAUCAUCCAAGGUUGGUACCAAGGACAAGAAGCAGGUAAUGCACUCGCCGACGUACUGUUCGGUCGUCAGAGCCCAAGCGGCAAGCUGCCGACCACCUUCCCGCGACGGAUUGAGGACAACCCGAGUUAUCACAACUUCCCCGGCGAGAACUCGGAAGUCGUCUAUGGCGAAGGGAUCUUCAUUGGCUACCGGCACUACGAGAGAGUAAAGAUUGAGCCGCUCUUCGCCUUCGGGCACGGGCUCACGUACACUACCUUCUCGUACGGCGAGCCGAGUAUCAGCAGCAGUACGCUCUCAGAAAAUGACUCGAUCAAGAUAACGGUGCCGGUUACGAAUGACGGUAAAGUUGCUGCGCAUGAGAUCGUUCAGGCAUACGUCAAGGAUGUCAAGUCGACGCUCCAGCGGCCGGAGAAGGAGCUUCAGGCCUUCGCGAAGGUGUUCUUGGAGCCUGGUGAAACGAAGACGGCUGAGUUGUGGUUGAACAAACACUCGGUUGGCUACUACGAUACCUCGAAGCCGGCUUGGGUAGCUGAGAAAGGCCAAUUCGACGUCCUCAUAGGCGCGUCGUCCGUUGAUAUUCGGUCCUCUGUGUCAUUCAGCAUUGAGGAGUGCUUCACGUGGAUAUUCUAA